GUUCGAUUCCCCGCACCUCCAUACAUUUUUGUGUACUAUGGACUUGCAUCGGAACACAGUCGAUUUUUACACUCUGCCUGCUCGUUUUUAAGACCUUCUUCACAUCUGUCGUUGUGUUUUUAUUCCGCCGUUAACUACUGUCGUUCAACCACAGCUCAGUCGUCGAACUCUCCGACACACUAUAACCGAUCAGCCGUAUAUCUGGCAUGUCGAUCCUAAUACCAUCACGUCAGUUAUUCAUCGAUGGCGAGUGGAGAGAACCUGUUAGGAAGAACCGCAUCCCCGUCAUCAAUCCGGCCACCGAGCAGAUCAUUGGGGAUAUUCCAGCUGCUACAGAAGAAGAUGUUAACAUUGCUGUGGAUGCUGCUCACGAAGCUCUUAAACGUAAUGGAGGGAAAGAGUGGGCAUCAGCAUCAGGAGCUCAUCGUGCCAAGUAUUUGCGUGCUAUUGCUUCAAAGAUAGUGGAGAAAAAAUCUGAAUUGGCAAAACUUGAAGCCAUCGAUUGUGGCAAACCACUUGAAGAAGCAGCUUGGGAUGUGGAUGAUGUUGCUGGAUGCUUUGAGUACAAUGCUGAUCUUGCUGAAGAGUUGGAUAGAAAUCAAAAUGCAUCUGUUGCUCUUCCAAUGGAUACAUUUAAGUGUCAUCUUAUCAGAGAACCUAUUGGUGUUGUUGGAUUGAUUACUCCAUGGAAUUACCCUUUGCUGAUGGCCACCUGGAAAGUUGCUCCUGCCAUGGCAGCUGGAUGUGCUGCCAUACUCAAACCAUCAGAAUUAGCAUCUCUUACUUGUCUGGAAUUAGGUGAAAUAUGCAGAGAGGUGGGACUCCCUCCUGGUAUUCUCAAUAUUCUGACUGGAUUAGGUCAAGAAGCAGGUGCUCCAUUAGCAGCUCACCCCAAUGUUGACAAGAUUGCAUUCACAGGAAGCAGUGCCACAGGAAGCAAGGUCAUGACUGCUGCUGCUCAAAAUGUUAAGCCUGUUACACUUGAACUAGGUGGGAAAAGUCCAAUAGUGGUGUUUGAUGAUGUGGACAUUGAUAAAGCUGUUGAGUGGACACUGUUUGGUUGCUUCUGGACAAAUGGUCAAAUAUGCAGUGCAACAUCUCGGCUUCUAAUACAUGAAAGUAUUAGUGAAGAGUUUUUAGAGAAGCUUGUUAAGUGGGCUAAAAACAUAAAGAUUUGUGACCCUUUGGAGGAAGGUUGUAGGCUUGGGCCUGUAGUUAGUUCUGGACAGUAUGAAAAGGUAUUGAAAUUUGUAUCAACAGCCAAAAGUGAAGGUGCAACCAUUUUAUGUGGAGGAGAACGUCCUCAGAAUUUAAAAAAAGGAUUCUAUAUGGAGCCAGCUAUCAUUACUAAUGUUACUAGAUCCAUGGAGAUAUGGAAAGAGGAAGUUUUUGGACCUGUUCUUUGUGUAAAAACAUUCACCACAGAAGAAGAAGCCAUUGAGUUAGCAAACGAUACUCAUUAUGGAUUGGGUGCUGCUGUAAUAUCCAAAGAUUUGGAAAGAUGUGAGCGUGUAUCAAAGGGUUUAGAGGCAGGUAUUGUAUGGAUCAACUGCUCGCAACCAUGCUUUUCUCAAGCUCCAUGGGGUGGGAAAAAGCGGAGUGGGUUUGGUCGUGAGCUAGGAGAACGGGGUCUUGAGAACUACCAGAAUGUGAAGCAGUUUUGUAACCUUACUAUAUUUGCAUCAUUGCAUGUGAUUAUGCUUCGUGUUGCCAAAUUGGUGUCAUCUUACAUUACACAUCAGCAAUGGUGUUAUGAUAUCAAGUGA